CUCGCAUACGCUUUGCACCGACUGUCUAAACAAUCUUGUCCAUCCACGGAUAAAUUCAGCAAAAAGGAUAAAUUCAUACAUGAAUGUCUGAUGAGAGGAUUACAUACAUGAGCAAGUUAGAGGUUGUAUAUUCCAGUAUCAAAGUUUUGCGAUCUUUCGAAUGUCAUCUUAACGCUGAGAAAAUUCCGAUGCGCAUAAUGCAGCUAUUUUACCUCGUGCUCGUGAUUCUAGCUCCGCUCAUGCUUGUGGAAGCAGCACCAGUAUCAAAAGUACCACCAGCACCAGAAGGCGAUGUGGUUCCGCAAAAGAUUCAUUUCAGUUGGCCAGGCAUUACUAUCAACUGGAAGGGUUGAUUGCAGAGUGGAACAUAAAAGGACAAAGACAACAAUUUUCACUAAUUUAGAUUAUUCUGUUGUACGGAACAGAAAAAAAGUAAAUAUUUUUGGAAAU